CGCUUCCGCAUCACCUGACCCUACCAUGUGACCGCCCGGCGGCGGCGGCGGAUUGGCUGUGACUGAGCGGCACAUUCAAACGGAGGAAAACAAGUUUGUCUCCAUUCCGUGUUGGUUGGAAGAUGGCGGCACAGCCCGGGGCGGCGCUGCUCACCCUGCAGAGCGUCAAGGAGCGAAUGCGCGAGAAGCUACAGGGGCCCCUGAGGGCCGUCAGGUUAAACACCACUCUCGCAGCGAAGAUAAAAACUAAAACCCUGAACAACUCGUCGAUACUGAAGAUCUCGCUGAAGCACAACAAUAAGGUGCUGGCGUGCGCGCUGACGGCCGAGAGGGAGAAGUCGCGGCGACUGGAGAGCGACCGGAUGUUCCUACAGAAGGAAGUGACGAUGCUCAAUUUCCAGAACGCGCUCCUGCGGCAAAACCUGAGCCUCCUGAACAAGAUGCUGAAGGACAUUGAUCUGUUCAUGAACGUGAACCUGCCGGCCGCCAUAGAGAUCAGCGAGAUAGAGCAUUCGGCCGAUCUUUCCACUUCAGAACCGCGGCGGAGCGAGCGCUUUAGCCGCCAUAGCGCCCUCUCUCUGGGGGAGGAGCAGGGGUUCCGAAUAACAGGAACAGCCCUGAGGGUUCCGUCCAGCUCCAUCGGGGGCAGAAGAACCAUCGCAGCAGAACCGGUGCCUGGAACAUCCAUGGAUAAUUCUGUUUUAUCCACAUCCCUGAGAGAGAGAUCGGCCAAUCAGUCGACCCGACACAGUGCACCUGCGACAGGGAUCCCCGGGGCCCCCGAGGGAGCGGCCAACCACUCGCCCAAUGGGCAGGAUCCCCGCCAGGAGCUCAGAGUCUCGGAGGUUCUGAAUUCUGACGUUUGUGGGUUUGUUACAAAGAGGAAGAAACCGUCGUCGGCCUCUCGCUCGAGUGCGCACUCCAGUAAGUCUGACUUCAACCCAAAUCCCAGACUAGAAAGUGGCAACUGGGCCGAGUGUGAGCCGAACCCCGAGGGAAACGGCACAACCGGGCCGAGUGGGUGGACUCCGGCCGGGGCUGAAUGGAACUCACCACAAAGGGUCCGACGAACCACAGCGGCCGCCGAGAGUCUCCCAGACCCGCAAAUAAAUUCCGACCAAUCCGAAGGCACCGCAGCAGAUUUGCUUUUAGAGCCAAAUGGUCAAAGUGUCGGUUCCCUUUCUGUCGGCCGAGUCCCUUCUGCUGCAGGGCAAAAUGGCGGACAGGAGAAAACCGUUUAUGACGCUGAUAUGGAAAUGACGUCUAGCGAUGGCUCCGCCCCUAUAAUCACAGUUUCAUCACUAAGCAAAACCCACGGCGAGAGAGCCAAGUCCUGCAUCCCAGUAAAGCGAGACGGGGCCGCAUUACGGAAGGUGAAAGUCGCCAAACGCGAGAAAACGCACGCAAGCAAGAAACAUGGUGCAACGUCUAUUGAUAAACAGAUUAAAGGCAAAGUAAAAGAGAAAAGGUUUGAUUUAGAGGAUAAAGAUGAAGAACAGAUUGGGGGUCACACUCAGCCCCACGCCGACGCAAAACCUGCGCUUGUUGCACCACCGGCCGCAAGAGACGCUCUGGGGGAUCCGGAGACCCCUGCUUGGGCUCAGCCAAUUAAACAAGAGGAGACUGAAAUCACAUGUGACUCUGGGAUUGGAGGGAAGAGACACCAGUGGGGGGAGAAUGAGGGAACGACUCAUUUGGCUCCGGAACCUUCCUGCGAGCAGCAGGUCCUGCCCGGGGAACGCACGGAACCCCCUCGGCCCGAGGAGCCAUUGGAGGAAAUAAAGAGCGAGACGGCGAAACGCAGUCACAUGAUAAGCAGCGAGACAGCGACUGCCGAGAUCUCCAAAAAGAGACAGACCAGGAUCGUCAAGAGAAAACCCAAACAGCAGGGACAGGGCUUAGAGACGGGAAGCGCAGAAACAAGUGCAAACGCCAGCGGGUCGCUUUCCCUCGGGAAAACUGGGGGCGUUUUCAGCAGUUUCCAUAGUAACACCGAGGGCGGCCAAUCGCUCCUUCGCCGGGAAACGUAUUUUGUCAGCACUUGUGAAGCCACAACGUCCGCUACGGGCUGCGGCGUUCCUAGAGACGGCGUGCGGUACCGGAGGGAAACCUAUGUCAUUCACAAACCCGACUUGUUUCCUAGCAACGCAAGUAACGACCUUAUUGUGCCCGAGACACAAGGUCUGAGUGCGGAGCCCGAGAGUAAGGGCCACAAACGGGCGCUGGGCAGUGCGAGCGGGAAAGUUACCCCUGGGGGCGGUGCCUUCUGCUAUUCCUCCUCCCCUGCCGACAAACGCAAAACCCAUGUGUUACCCACAAAAGAGCCCAUUGGCCCCCUGGUCCGGGAAAGCCUCCUAGACCCGCCCCUUACUCAGCUGAGCAAAAAGCCCCGGGUUCUGCGCAGCCUAUUGGCCAGCGAUUCCUUCCUGCUCGAUAUGGUCAGCGAAUCGAUUCUCGACUCCACGGUGGGAAAUAGUUUCCUGGAAUUCCCUUCUGCCGACGCCACAGCCGACUCCUCCUUCUCUAUAGAGAGACCUCCCAGCAAUAACCCAGACUUGGAACUGCCGGCCCCCGAGGAGCGCAGCAACUUCAGGGUCUAUGGUGAGAGCUGCAGGGCGCAGGGAGUUGCUGAACGGGGAGACGGCGAGACGCGGGAUCAGAACCAAAGCGCAGACGAGCAGGAAGUGGCUGUGCAGCCGCUACAGGACGUGACCAACGCGACUCCCGGAACCUUUAAACUUUCCCCCAAGUCCGACGAGGAUCAGUGUCCCCGGGGCUUCGGCAGGAGGAGGCGGAACCCAGUGAACUACAAGGAGCCCAGUCUGGGGGCCAAACUGAGGCGCGGGGACCCCAACACCAGCGCGGAAUUCCUGCGCCCCCCGAUCCACCGGGACAGGAAGAAGCCGCGGAAGAUAAAAGUCAAGAUGGAGAAAUGUUAAGCUCAGUGGAGUGCAAGCUCUUGGGUCGGGAGAGUAUUAUACAGAGGGUACAGUGCCGCAGCCGGGGGCAUUACCCAGAGUCUCCCCCACUGGGGGGUUUUAUUCAGUACGUUCUCAGUUAGUAGCAGUUACGCGGGGCGAUGCGCAGGGGGUGGGGUUUAUCAGUGACACUGCGCAGGGGGUGGGGUUUAGCAGUGAAACUGCGCAGGGGGCGGGGUUUAGCAGUGAAACUGCGCAGGGGGUGGGGUUUAGUGGGGACAUUGUGCGGGGGUGGGGUUUAGCAGUGACACUGCGCAGGGGGUGGGGUCUAGCGGGAACUUGGCGCUGCACAUUGGCAGAACCCUAAGCAGGCGGGUUAUAGUGGGUAUAGAGGCUCCUCCCAUUGCUGGGGGCAAUUCCAGCAGCGACUCAGAUCCCCCAGUUUCAGAGGUGGGCGGAGCCGGAUACUGAUCCGAUUCGGUGGCAGCGUCGCUGGUUCUGCCCAAAACUGUACAAAGGGGAGGAGCAACUUUACAUUAAGUUUUAGUUAUAGAUCGGCCUGUUCCUGGCAACUUUGCAGUUGGUCUUCAGUAUUUUUUUUGCAAUUGGUCUUCAUUAUUUAUUGUUUUUAUAAAGCAGCUUCGUGUGCCCUCACACCUAUAUAUUGUUACUUUCUAUUCUAUUAACCCACUGCCUGGUUGCUAAGGUGAACAAGACCCUAGCAACCAGAUAGCUAUAAAUAACUGACCCCCAGUUUCAGUGCGAGUGGAAUCUAUUGUAGGGGUUAAUUGGGCCAAAUCGACAGAACUGCCCGCAGCUCGUGGCACAGAUAUUAUUAACCCUUUCCAUCAUUCUCCCCCAGUUAAUAUAAAGUUAUUUCUGUGUUUGGGGUUUUAUUAAAGUGUUUUUGUCAAAUAAAA